AUGGCGGACGACGAUUACAAUGAAGUUGACAUGGGGUAUGAGGAUGAGCCUCCAGAAGCUGAUAUUGAGGAAGGGGUUGAAGAAGAUCCUGAGAACAAUGAGGAUGCCCCUGAUGAUGUGGUAGGGGGUGAGGGUGAAGAAAAGGAACAGGAAAAGACUGCCCGUCCACGCAAUACAACAAAAUAUAUGACCAAGUAUGAGCGGGCACGCAUCCUUGGCACACGUGCUUUGCAGAUAAGCAUGAAUGCCCCAGUUAUGGUUGAGCUUGAGGGCGAAACUGAUCCUCUUGAGAUUGCCAUGAAAGAACUGAGAGCACGCAAGAUCCCCUUCACGAUUAGGCGAUACUUACCUGAUGGAAGCUACGAGGACUGGGGAGUCGACGAGCUCAUUGUGGAGGACUCGUGGAAGCGUCAGGUUGGCGGGGACUAA